AUGAUUAUGUCACUCACAUCGUUCUCUCAUACUUCUAUUGACUUCUUCCCUAAUGUCUUGUUAACCAUUUUAGCGAUUCUCAUAUCCGGUUUAGUUAUCAUCAUCACGUACCGGGGUCCAAACCGUAAAAGCCUCCCGCCGGGCCCGCCAGGAUGGCCAGUGAUCGGAAACCUGCUUCAGUUUGUACGCUCCGGGAAGCAGUUUUUCGAGUACGUGGAGGAGCUGAGAGAGAUCUACGGUCCGAUUCUUACUCUGAGGUUAGGAACCAGGACUAUGAUCAUCAUCUCCGACGCGAGUCUCGCACACGAGGCGUUGAUCGAGCGCGGGGCACAAUUCGCGACCCGACCCGUCGAAACUCCGACCCGGAAAAUCUUCAGCUCUAGUGAAAUCACGGUCCAUUCCGCCAUGUAUGGACCCGUGUGGAGGUCACUGAGGCGGAACAUGGUUCAGAACAUGCUCAGCUCGAAUCGGGUCAAGGAAUUUGGUUUCGCGAGAAAAUCCGCCAUGGAUAAGCUUAUCGAGAGGAUCAAAUCGGAGGCGAGAGACAACGAAGGACUCGUCUGGGUUCUGAAUAACAGCAGAUACGCCGCGUUUUCCGUUUUGUUAGAUAUGUGUUUCGGAGUCGAGAUGGAGGAGGAAUCAAUCGAGAAGAUGGAUCAGAUGAUGACGGCGAUACUGUACGCCGUCGAUCCAAAACUCCACGAUUACCUCCCGAUUCUAACGCCGUUUAACUCAGGCGAGAGAAACCGCGCCUUGAAGCUUCGCCGGGAGCUGGUGGAUUUCGUCGUCGGGUUCAUCGAGAAACGGAGGAAGGCGAUUCGGAAUCAAGGAGGAUCCGAUGAGACGGUGUCGUCUUUCUCGUAUCUCGAUACGCUCUUUGAUCUCAGAAUCAUCGAGGGAAGCGAAACGACGCCGUCUGACGAAGAUCUCGUGACGCUGUGCUCAGAGUUUCUCAACGCCGGUACGGAUACGACCGGUGCGGCGAUCGAGUGGGGCAUCGCAGAGCUGAUCGCGAAUCCCGGGAUUCAAUCUCGACUGUACGAUGAGAUUAAAUCAACGGUGGGAGAUCGUGAUGUCGAGGAAAAAGACGUGGACAAAAUGGUGUUUUUACAAGCAGUCGUCAAGGAGCUUCUCCGGAGACACCCACCGACUUACUUUACUGAAGACCCGAAGAUCUGGUCUGACCCGAAAAAGUUUGACCCGGAUCGGUUCGUAUCAGGGAGGGAAGACGCUGAUAUAACAGGAGUGGCCGGAGUGAAGAUGAUGCCUUUCGGUGCUGGCCGUCGGAUCUGUCCUGGCAUGGGAAUGGCAACGGUUCACGUCCAUUUGAUGAUAGCGAGAAUGGUUCAGGAAUUCGAGUGGAGUGCCUAUCCACCGGAGAGCAACGUGGAUUUCGCCGGUAAGUUGGUGUUUGCGGUGGUGAUGAAAAAGCCGUUGAGAGCUUUGGUCAAACCUAGGAUUUAA